CACAGGGGCUGAGCGAUGCCAUUAGAAAGUUCCUGCAGCUGGAAGAGUUUCAGUGGACUAUAGCCUCAGCAACGCCCUGUGCGCCCUCGGAGCAACCACCCUGCUGUUUUCUGCGCUCUCCUCAAAGCAGCUCAGUCCAGCGGGAGAGGGGGAGGGAGGGAUUCCUUGUUUCUUUUUGUUUUAAAUAAUUCCGGAGCGCUUCUUUCACCAUGAGCGCCGGACAAAGCUACGAGAAGAAGAUCGCGAGUAUUCUGACAGAUCUUCCCGGAUCUAUGAGCUGCCACCCGAGCUCCAAGGACUCUCCGACGCUGCCGGAGUCCUCGGUAACGGACAUGGGCUACUACAGCGGACAGACGGCCCACGGCCACCACGAGUAUUAUCAGAGCCAGGCGUACGGACAGCCCAUGAACUCUUACCACCAUCAGUUCAAUUUGAACGGCAUGGGAGCGGCUGGAGCGUACGCCACCAAAUCAGAGUAUCCCUACACGAACAGCUACAGACAGUACGGACAUUACAACAGAGAUCACCUGCAGGCCUCACCUCCGGGCUCAGUCAAAGAAGAGCCAGAGCCCGAGGUCCGCAUGGUGAACGGAAAGCCCAAAAAGAUCCGCAAGCCGAGGACCAUUUACUCCAGUUACCAGCUGGCCGCCCUGCAGCGGCGCUUCCAGAAGGCGCAGUACCUCGCCCUGCCGGAGAGAGCGGAGCUGGCGGCCCAGCUCGGCCUCACCCAGACGCAGGUCAAGAUCUGGUUCCAGAACCGGAGAUCCAAGUUCAAGAAGCUGUACAAAAACGGCGAGGUUCCCCUGGAGCACAGUCCCAACGCCAGCGACUCCAUGGCCUGCAACUCCCCGCCCUCCCCCGCCGUGUGGGAGGGCAGCAGCACCCCUCAGAGCACGCCGAUCAGCCGAGCCCAGGUGCCGCAGCCUGCGCACAGCUCGUCGCCGCCCUACCUGGAGGAUUAUACCAACCACUGGUACCAGCAGGGAUCCCACCUACAGCACCCGGGCACCGUCCACCACCCGGUGCCGCAGCAGAGCGUGGGAGCGGUUUACUGACUCGGACUCGGGGAAAGAUCCAGCCCGCGUUUCUCCGGGCUCUCCCCACAGUGACUCUGCAGAGCCAGCCGUUCGAGGAGGCCGGAAACCAAAAAGCCCGCGUUCAAUCUCUGGAGGACUCGCAGAGUGUUCUGAGCUGGUUUUCCAGCUCAGAAAAAGCACAUAAGGGAUUUCUAAUCACUUUUGGCAGCAUAUUUAACAGGCAUCUGGCGUGUUCUAUAAAUUAUUUAUCACCUCUAUCAUAUACUUAACUCAUUUUGUAAAUGAAUAUGCAAAGUCUCUUUUUAAAAAAACGAAAAACAAAAAAACAAAACAAGUAGCCUGGACACAAAAAUCACAAAACUGUGCUGCAACCAACCAUGCAUGGCUUUGUGGAGAACUUUAAGGAAAUAGAAAAAGGAACUCAGGACAUAUUUAUAAGGAUUUGUACAAAAAAAUACUGAAGGUUGUAAAUAAGUGUUUAUACAUAUAAAUAUAUGCAGAACCACUAUGAUCAUAAUUGAACCAGAAAGACUGCACCAUGGUGCUACCGGACCGUUUUUAUAUCCAUGUACUGAGUCAAACUGUUGCCUUCCUGUCUGAUGAAUAAAGGUGUAAAUUGCA